GGUGGCGGUGGCGGCGGGGAGCGCGCGCCAUGGCGGGCUGCUGCGCGGUCCUGGCGGGCUUCCUGUUCGAGUACGACACGCCGCGCAUCGUGCUCAUCCGCAGCCGUAAAGUGGGGCUGAUGAACCGCGCCGUGCAGCUGCUCAUCCUGGCCUACGUCAUCGGGUGGGUAUUUGUGUGGGAGAAGGGCUACCAGGAAACUGACUCCGUGGUCAGCUCAGUUACUAUCAAGGCCAAGGGCGUGGCUGUGACCAACACCUCUGAACUUGGAUUCCGGAUCUGGGAUGUGGCCGACUAUGUAAUUCCAGCUCAGGAGGAAAACUCCAUCUUUAUCAUGACCAACAUGAUCCUCACCAUGAACCAGACCCAGGGCGUCUGUCCUGAGAUUCCAGGUAAAACCACUGUGUGUCAAUCAGACGCCAACUGCAUUGCGGGCUCUGCAGGCACCCACAGCAACGGAGUUGCAACAGGAAGGUGUGUGCCGUUCAACAGGACCACGAAGACGUGUGAAGUGGCAGCCUGGUGCCCCCUGGAGAAUGAUACCUAUGUCCCCAAGCCUGCUUUUUUAAAGGCUGCAGAAAACUUCACCCUUUUGGUUAAGAACAACAUCUGGUAUCCGAAGUUUAAUUUCAGCAAGAGGAACAUCCUUCCCACCGUCAACACCUCCUACCUCAAAUCGUGCAUUUACAACGCUAAAACAGACCCCUUCUGCCCCAUCUUCCGUCUGGGCAAAAUCGUGGCGAGCGCGGGACACAGCUUCCAGGACAUGGCUGUGCAGGGUGGCAUCAUGGGCAUCCAGAUCAAGUGGGACUGCAACCUGGACCGAACUGCUGCCUUCUGCCUGCCCAGGUACUCCUUCCGUCGCCUCGACAACCGUGACACUGAACACAACGUGUCUCCCGGCUACAACUUCAGGUUUGCCAAGUACUAUAACGACCCAGCAGGCAUAGAGCACCGCACCCUCAUCAAGGCCUACGGCAUCCGCUUCGACGUCAUGGUGUUUGGGAAGGCUGGGAAAUUUGACAUCAUCCCUACCAUGAUUAACGUGGGCUCCGGCUUGGCCCUGCUGGGUGUGGCAACAGUGUUGUGUGACAUCAUAGUCCUUUACUGCAUGAAGAAAAGGUACUACUAUCGGGAAAAGAAAUACAAAUACGUGGACGAUUAUGAACAGAACCUCUGUGGUGAGGCAAACCGGUGAUGCCGUCCGUACACCUGGGCUCCCUGCAGCCCUCACCAGGGACCCGUGAAAAAGGAGGAAAGGCUGCCCGGAUGACCCCAGACAGUGAUCCAGAUUCUGACCCCACUGCACAAGGACUUCAGGACUUCCCAGCAGCUCCUGAAUUUGGGAUAUAGGAUCUGUUUGUCUGUCCUGCAGAGAAGGCACAAAUCUGGUUCUUGGCCAGGUUGCCUCUGCUGUUCCCGUGACCUAGGGUGGGGUCACUGGGGCCCCAGCUCUCCCUGCAACCUGGCAGGGGCCACUGAGGCCCCUGCUGUCCCUGCGACCUGGGGCGGGGUCCCUGGGGCCCCUGCUGUCCCUGCGACCUGGGGCGGGGUCCCUGGGGCCCCUGCUGUCCCUGCGACCUGGGGCGGGGUCCCUGGGGCCCCUGCUGUCCCUGCGACCUGGGGCGGGGUCCCUGGGGCCCCUGCUGUCCCUGCGACCUGGGGCGGGGUCCCUGGGGCCCCUGCUGUCCCUGCGACCUGGGGCGGGGUCCCUGGGGCCCCUGCUGUCCCUGUGACCUGGGGCGGGGUCCCUGGGGCCCCUGCUGUCCCUGCGACCUGGGGUGGGGUCCCUGGGGCCCCUGCUGUCCAUGCAACCUGGGGUGGGGUCCUUGGGGCCCCUGCUGUCCCUGCGACCUGGGGUGGGGUCGCAGGGCCAAGCUCUGGGCCCCAGCCAUCAUGCUGCUGUGCCCAUGGGCUGGGGCCUGCCUGUGGCCUCCUGGGCUGACCCUCCUCCAAAGCUCCUGUCUCCAGCCCUUUGGGGACAGACAGGUCCAGUACUCCAAGGCAUGGCAGCUCUGCUCAGGUACUUUAUAAGGGAAGGAAGGUCCCUGUGUGGUAGCCACUGGAUUCUGAGCACAGCUGGGCUGCUCUUUGGCUCCGGACCUGGGUGUGGCACGUACAGCCAUGAGAUGGAGUCAGGAUUUUUCCUCUGAAAAGAGCUAUAUUGACGUGACUUAGGACCAAACAUUAAAACAAACCACCUUCUUAA